CGAGCCGCGGAGCUGCCAGGACUUGAGCCAGCACCCCGACUAGGAGCUCCGCCCACUUUCCCUACCCUACAGCAAGGCGGGAGAAGGUUUCUAGGAACUGACUCGCGACCUAAAUGCUGAUCUUGGGAAAACAGAACAAAUCCAAGCCAGGGCUGCAACUACAGUGAGCAACUAGGAGUCCAAUUUGGUAACGCAAGCCGUCGUACUGCGGAUCCCCGGGCGCGGCCUGGUGACGUCUAACUCAGGGGCGGGGCCGAGGGGGUGUGGCACCGGAAGCUGAGUUUCCGGCCUCCGACCGCUGGGAGGCGCCGCGUUCCGCCAGUGGAGCUUGUCUUGUAAAUCUGGGAGGUGUUUGGCGAUGCUUGGCGCCGGCGCAGUGCCGAUUCCUGCCAGUUCCCCACGUGUCUAUUAGAGGAAGGGGUAGUGGAGGCCAUGCCCAAGAUCAAGUCGUCCCGUAAGGCCGGAGGGAAGGCAAAGCAUGCCCCCCUGGCGGACCAGAUCCUGGCAGGGGAAUCCGUACAGCCCGGAGGCCGGGAGAAACGGAGGGACCGUGGCCGCGAGACGGAGGAAGAAGAAGAGUACGUGGGGCACCGACUGACUCGGCGGAUCCUGCAGCAGGCGCGAGAGCAGCAGGAGGAGCUAGAAGCUGAACAUGGCUCGGGUGACAGGACGGCGCCGAGAAAGCUCACCACGCGGCUGGGCCCAGGAGCCCAAGUUGGUGAAUCAGAUGAUGAGGAUGAGGAGUGGCCAACCUUGGAGAAGGCAGCAGAAAUGGUGGGAUCUGGGUUUGACGAGGAGAUAGUUGUCAAUCCUGAAGAUGAGCGGGCCAUCGAGAUGUUCAUGAAUGAGAACCCCCCAGUCAGGCGUACACUGGCAGACAUCAUCAUGGAGAAAUUGACAGAAAAGCAGACAGAGGUGGAAACUGUUAUGUCUGAGGUGUCGGGCUGCCCUAUGCCCCAGCUGGAUCCCCGGGUUCUUGAAGUCUACAAGGGUGUCAGAGAGGUGUUAUCCAAGUACCGGAGUGGCAAACUUCCCAAAGCCUUUAAAAUUAUUCCGGCUCUCUCCAAUUGGGAGCAGAUCCUCUAUAUCACAGAGCCAGAGAGCUGGACUGCAGCUGCCAUGUUCCAGGCCACCAGGAUAUUCUCAUCCAAUCUCAAGGAGAGGAUGGCCCAGCGCUUCUACAACUUGGUGCUUCUCCCCCGUGUGCGGGAUGACAUUGCUGAAUACAAGCGCCUUAACUUUCACCUCUACAUGGCACUCAAGAAAGCAUUGUUCAAGACUGGGGCAUGGUUCAAAGGGAUCCUGAUACCCCUGUGUGAAUCUGGUACCUGUACCCUUCGAGAGGCCAUCAUUGUGGGCAGCAUCAUCACCAAGUGCUCCAUCCCCGUGCUGCACUCAAGUGCAGCCAUGCUGAAAAUCGCUGAGAUGGAAUACAGUGGAGCCAACAGCAUCUUCCUACGGCUGCUGCUGGACAAGAAGUACGCAUUGCCCUUCCGGGUACUGGACGCCUUGGUCUUCCACUUCCUGGCCUUCCGGACUGAGCAGCGAAAGCUGCCUGUUCUUUGGCACCAGAGCCUGCUGACCCUGGCUCAACGCUAUAAAGCCGAUCUGACCACAGAACAGAAGGAAGCCCUGCUAGAGCUUCUUCGCCUGCAGCCCCACCCACAGCUCUCCCCCGAAAUCCGGAGGGAGCUGCUCAGCGCGACUGCCCGAGAUGUGGAAGGGCCCUCUGUGAAUAUGGACUGAGGUUCCUGAGGAAGACUGCUACCUUCCCAUUUCGGUAGGGGUAGGGAGGGAUGACACAUGAACUGUUCUGAUUUUUUUUCAUGUCUCCUAGGACUGUGUGACUUGGGGGCACCUAAAGGACAAAACUCAAGUGCUACGAUCUCCCUGGCUAGACUUGAAUUAUAGUGGCCUAAGUGCCUGACAGAACUUCCCCAGGUCCUGUUCUGGUCUAGAACCUGAGUUACACCCAGUUACACUCUGUGGCAUGGUGGAAGAAGUUAGUGGCUGAGGCUGGUGGAUUGUGAACACACACAAAAAAGGCUAUAUAUUUA